AGCACUUCAGCUUAGAAGUAGCAAGUGUUUUUAGUCACUAGUUUCAACAAUGAUUAGAACAGCAAUUGUCCUUGUCUGCUGCCUAAUUGGGCUGGUUGCUUGCAAGAAUCCCAGGGGGCUGCUGUGGGAAGGAUUCGCGCAGCAAUGUCUCAAAAAGACAGGAAGUAACGAUACGUUCUUCACCGUGAUGCAAAAUUAUCAAGUAUCAGUAGGCGAAUGCUACAAAACUGAAGUAAACCUCGAUAAUUUGAACACGGAUAUUGAAAAUUUCGAUUCUUCGAUUUCUGCCCGGAAAGCGGUGUUCAGAAGAACGUGUCCAUUAUACCUUAAUGCAGUCCGCUGUCUGGAUCUCGUAACAAUUGAAGCGCGCAAAUGCCUGGAGAGCAAAGAGCAAGAACUUCUGGAAUCUCUCAGAAACGCCAUUCCGGAGGCAGUUAAAUUAAUUUGCAAGAAUGACGGCGAAAUUUUCUUCUCUUCUGAGGAUGCUCCUAGAUCAUGUACCGAAGACAUAGGCUAUUUUUUGAGAGAAUGUGAGGAACGGAUCACCGAUCCAAGCGCCUUUUUGCAUAUUUCCACUUUCAGCCAGAAUAACUGUGACGAUCUGACUGCCUAUCGCAGUUGUUUCGCGGCUAAACUGGAAGGAUGCAAAGGACACAGAUGGUUGGAAGUAUUCGAUCUGCUGUACAAUCCAAUCAUCAAAGCUACCCCGUGUAAAGUUUAAUAUCGAGGCGAUCGGGCUCAGAGUUAAUGGAAAAAGCUUGAUUCCAAACUGCAACUAUUUUAAUAAGAUACAUUUAGCGAUCUGGCUUGGCAUGAGUUGAACUUAUCAUUUGGUGUGUAUUACAUUUUAUAACUUUUGGACACAGUAA